CUCAUUUUUGCAAAAAGUCGCAAGUUUGCUCCCAGCACAUCGGAGAAGGUUUUACUAACUUUUUUCGACGAUCAAAAUGUCGUACGUUGCUCGCAAAGGACCCGCCAUCUACUCUGCCCUCGGAAAAUGGGCCUAUAACAUGGCCGGUUUCAACCAGUACGGGCUCCACCGUGAUGAUUGUCUGUACGAGAACGACGACGUAAAGGAAGCGAUCCGCCGCCUGCCUGAGAAGCUGAAGGAUGAGCGCAAUUUCCGCAUUACGCGCGCCCUGCACCUUUCGAUGACGAAAACCAUUCUCCCGAAGGAACAGUGGACGAAGUACGAGGAAGAUACCAAAUACCUUGAACCGUACCUGCAGGAGGUGGUCCACGAACGUGAGGAGAAGGUUAAAUGGGAAUCGAACAAGUAAAUUGCGACGCGGUUCGAAGAAUACGCACAGCCGUGGGUUUGACCCGUGCAUUGACGAUGGGCUGUUAACAUCUUGCUUGGGUGUAGUGUAGAUUGCACCCAACCUUCCCAUCAUCACGGCCUUUGUGUAUUAUUGUGAAAAAAAACAACUUAGGAAUAAAUCAUGUACCGUUGAAACACA